GCUUGCGAGGAGAAAGUUCAGCACGACGUCACGUGCAAGGUCGCCUGUCGACGUCGAAUUCAUGGCAGACAUGCAGAGGAGAUUGCCUCUGCUGCUUCUCGUUGUGGUCGUCUUCCUCUUUGUCGUCUUCCUCCACUUGUGCUUGUCGUGCCGGCCGUGGAAGCAACGUCACAAGCGCAGGGCGUCAACGAAAGGCGGUGUGCUUCAAGAGGGACGUCCCAUGGCGGGCAUGCAGGCACGCGUCGUUCCGCCUGCAGGUGAGGGCGGAAGAAAACCUGCGACGACGGAGCCUUCACUGCGGUACGACCCCUCCAUGUACAGCCAUCUGCCGUCGUGGGAGACGCCGCUGCCUCCCUCAGGUGAGGAGCCGGAGGGGGACGAACUUCCAACGUUUCCUCUCGGCAGCGGGUCGACGCAGCUGUUGUCGCAGACGGUGCUCGCAGGUGGGUUGGCAAGCAACGGACUCAGCGAGUACACGACACUCCCGCAGCAGGGCUUGGGAGACGACGACGGCGGGGAAGUUGAUCUCCGGUUCGGGUUGUGUUCUGGCGGCGGUAGGGAGGCGAGCCGCACGUUCAUCAUCGACGCCGAUCCUUCACCACGCCGGCAGCAUGGAUCGAGUGCACCGUCCGGCGAUCCAUUGACAAGCACCUGCCCCGCACGCAAUGGAGUAGCAGUCGGGUCCCUGCGCAUCGGCGGUACACUUCAUUCGAUGCCCAAAACCACAACGCCGCCCCAACCCGACCUCAGGGACGACGACACGUGCAGACCAGCGGUGCGUCCAGCACCCAGUGUGGAGAACAUCACACGAGGAGUGUCAAACAUGCGGGCACACAGCGAUGACGGCGACGACGAUGGUGGUGGUGGUGGCGAUGCAGACGAACGAUUCGGGGAGGACGUGGAGGCAGGGGACGACGACGACGACAUUCUUAUUCGGCCUUUGGAGAAGACGGGUGGGAGGGGUAGAGGACGCAGCAGGGGCGCUGCUCGUGGUCGAUCCGUUGGCCGUGGGGACAGAGGUGGCGUCAGCGAUGACGGCGGGAAGUCUGAGACGUACUGGUCCCCGAAAGAGCAAAUCCAACAGGUGAGAUGCAAGCAGGAGCAAGAGAUGCACCUCGCCGGUCUCGGUCACAAUUACGGGCGGAUGCGGACCAAGGAGUGGAAGUGGGAAGAUAUUAUCAAGCGCAUGGCGAACGCGGGGAGGCCUAAAGACGCGGAGGACUGCAUGAAGAAGUGGGACAAUAUCUUCCAAAACUACAAGAAGAUACAGAGGUUUCAGAAUGCGAGUAGACGGCCAGAUUUCUUCCGGCUAUCGAAUGAAGAAAGGAAGGAGCACAACUUCAAGUUUCGGAUGGAAAGGAUGCUAUACAACGAGAUCCACAUAGGCAUGGUUGGCAACCACACAAUUUUCCCUCCCAACAUCGCCGACACCGGAAGUCCGGACGGGGUGCAUCUUCCCAGGCGAGGAGCGGGUGCUGGGGAGUCUUUUGGUAGUGAGGGCGCUGGUGAAGGCCUCCCUGAAGAACGUUCUACUACGAGGGACUCCGACAACAACGCAGCCAGCGGGGCUGGAGGCGGUAAGCAGAAGAAUGCGCGUCAACAGGCGUUGGAGUCGAUUGCUGAUGUCAUAGACCGCCAUGGCGAAUUGAUGUUGUCGAUGAUCGAAUCAUCUAGCAAGUGGCAAUGCAGCAUAUUCACGAGGCAAUGCGACAUACUUGAGCAGGAAGUUGCAGUCCAGAAAGUGCACUACGCGGCAUCCGAUGAGACGCAGAGGAUGAUGUGCCACUCGCUUAUGGAGAUCGCUGCCGCCAUCCGUGAGAAGGCUCUCGUCGUCGACCUUGGCGGCGAUGAUGACGAGCCCUUGGAGAGACGUCGCAUUCGCAUUCGUACGACGGCGAUCCCACCGCAAGAGGUGGUCAUGCGCGUUGCUGCAAAUGAAAGGCCAGUCUCGGGUAGGCUGCCCGCCACACCGUCUCAGCCACGUCAGCGCAACGACACUGGUGAUGGAGGGUCCGUCCAACGUGGUGGCGGGGGGGAAGUCGUGGCAGACGUGCGCGCAGUUGGCGCCCAGGAGGCAGGUGCUGCGGGGGCGGGCGGUUCAGGAACUGUGGCCGCCGUUGCGACGGGGAGGGAUGAGGCAGUAGUUGCGGCGACGGCGAGAGAGGAGGCGCGUGGCGAGAGGAAAGGCGAUCAGGAGGCAGGCGAGCCCGUGGAGAACGUUGCUCUACGCAUCUUGCACGGAUGGGUAUUCAAGUCCGGAAAUCGGCCAAGGGGAUACCAUGUGGCUUUCCAGUACUCGCUGGAAUCCUUUGCGACGGACAUUGCGCGUGCCAUGUGGUACGGCGAGGAGUGGUGCGAGGUUGUCAGUCCGACGAUUUGCGCGCACACGAUAGAUCUGUCCAUGGACCUACCGCUUUGGUUCGCCGGCGCCAACAUCGAGGACAGACCAGAGGACGACGACAUGGCGGCGCACCAGGAGUCCACCGUCAUCCGCGUCGCGUAUGCAUUCCGCGCGGCCGUGCAAAUGGGGGCACUCAUCAACGGCGAGUUCAUCUCGCACGAUUGUCUUUCUCGGGUGGCUGAUUGCUUCAGGCUGUUGCUGGCGGCGUGCAUGUGGAUAAUGCGCAUGGCGGGAGACGAUCCGCGCAGCCACUACGAGGCUUUCUACUUCGCGGACCUCGUGGCGAAACCCACACUCGUCGCGGCUAUGCAUCGCUCCUUCGAUCAUUGACGAUCCGUCGUCCGCGCCGCGAAAGUC